GGCCAGCAGCACGUUCGCCGCCGACUAUUUUGAGUAGACGGGUGGCGCACGUGUCGAGCGGCGGCGGCGAAGCAGCGACGUGCGGGUCCGCGCCCUCAACACCUCCUCGCAAAAAAACCCUCUCAAUGAAAAAGGCAAAUCCCUACAGAAUGUUAUUGAGCAGUGCACCGGUGGCGCAGAUGCAGGUGGCCGCGGCGUGGUACAUAUCGCAUCACCGCCCGCCCGCAAUUUCGCGUAAAAUUGGCAGCGUGCGGCGGGCGGGCGGCGGCAGCGGCGCGGAGCGUCGCUCCCGAAAUAGUGUUCGGGCGCGGUCGUACGCUCUCGGGAACGGCGCCCCAGUCGCCGUGUGGCCGCGCGCGCGCACCCGCGUCGCCUCGCCAGCCGUCCCGACGCCGCACGAAUACCCGGGUGAGGGAACGAGCUCGCCGGUGCACGAGUCAACGGUGCGCGUAUUUCGGUCGUGAGAGGGCCCCGGGCCGCGUCGGGCGCGCUGCCCGCGCGCUGGCCGCCGUGCUCUGGUGGUGGUGCGUGGCGCUGCUGCGGCUGGUCGCGCUCUGCGCGCCUCCCCCCGGCCCGUCGCCGCCGCCCUCCGCCCGCGCCGCGGAAGAUGCGCCGUCGGCGGCCGCUUGCGCGAGCGCGCCUUCCAACACCACCGAGCCGUCGCCGCCGCCCGAGCCGCCCGACCCGCCCGCGCACACCGAGUGGUGGUGGGCAGGCGCAUGCGUUGGCGCCGCUGUGCUGGUGUGUGCGGCCGCGGGCGCGCUGGCCCGCCCGCACCUGCGCCGCCGACACGCUGCCGCCGCAGCCGCCGCCGCCAACCCCGUGAGUCGUUGUAUUACUAUUUUACGCAAACAUACACGUAAACAUAACAUAUGUACCUACCUGUUUUACUGAUAGAUAAAAAACAAUACAUUUCCUGUUGGUUUUUAUCAUUAGACUGUAGAAUGUAUUUAUGUAAGAAAGACUACAAAAUGUACAUGCAUCAGGUGAAAAUGGUUUGAAAUAAAAUAAUUAGGUACUUAUAGAAUAAGUACUUAAUAAUUCUGAUACCAUGAGAAUGGAGAAUGCAAAAAAUAUUUUGAUUAGGUACUUAUAUGAGUUACGAUUAUUCACACUGUUAUCAUUUUCAUAGGGGAAAAAAGAUAAAUCCAGGAAUCAAAUGGUGGUCAUGCGAUAGUCCUAAUUGCGAACCGACAUUCGAUUUAUUGUUGCAUAAGUAUUUUCAAUUCAAAAAUUUUUGGCACGCCUUUUUUUCUUAUAACUGAUGAUAAAUAUUACUAGAAGUGGUAAAGUAGAAACAUGUAAGUAUACAAUCGAAGUAGGUGGAUAAGUAGAUACAGUAAGACAAAAAUAAUAUUCCUAUCAAUGUGUAAACGAACAGGAUUUUUUACGAAUUUUAAAUUUAAUUGUUCGUACGAUUUACCGUAAUAUUACUAGUAGGUAGGUACUAGGUAGAUGUUUGGUUACAUAAUCGAUCUUGUAACAACUAGAAAUCGAAAUUUAAAACAUACGAUGGUACUUUUCUUUCUAGGGUACUUACUUGGAACUGAGUAUCACUCGAAUUAUUUAACAUAUUAUUAUGAAGGUAUGUAUUCAAAAAAUUAAAUUAUUUUAAAGGGAGAAAAUACAAUUAACACCUAUGAUUAUUGGUUACGUGCGUUCUAUGACUACAACUCGAUCAUUGAGCAAUGCCAACAGUCUCGUCUCGGGAGCCGACAAACGCGUCAUCGCUCACUAUUACAGUUAUAGGUGCGCAUAUAUAACAACUACGACGGUAGCAGCAAUCGAGCUUCUUUUACAUGUGUGCCAGCUCAUAUGCACACAUACGAUACGCUCACUAUAAUCUACAAACACACUCACUCGCACUGGCAACAUCGUAUCAUCGCACCUACCGAAGUACCGAUUGAGCACACAAAGUGAACUAGACAGAUUAUUUGUAUGUGUGAGAGAGCAAUGUUACACACAACGAAAGCUUUAGUGUGCGGCGACAUCGGGGCAGCCGGUGCACCGCCCGCCCGCCCGUCCUCCCCGCUACGCGACUGCGAACACCGCGCCGCGUCCGUCCGCGUCAUUGAACAACAAGACUCGCUCGAUGGCAGGCGUCUUUCUGCCAAUAUGAAAAAAGGAGUUAAGAAACUCCAUCACAAAACACGCGAUAGUGGAAUUUAUACGUUAUCCUUAAUUAUUAAAUAACUUUAUUUUUAUAGUGUUAAUGCCUUGAAUAACAUAUUUUUAUUUAUUAGUGAAUUAUAGUUAAUUAUUGUAAAUGCGCUAAUCUCUCUAUAGUGCUCUGUGAUUGUUUUGUUUAAAAUAUUUACAGCUUCAACAAAACAAAUGCAAUGUCAGUGAUUGUGUAGUGAAAUUAAAAUAAAAUUAUAUGUUCGUGAUCGAUUCACCUAUUUGUGUCUCGAUUAGAGUGCCAUCGAAUUUGGAUAUAUGCACAUCACUAACUGUCAUCCAUAGGUGGAAAACCUACAAAAAUUGUGGACGACACUGUUUCAAAUAAUGCUCUCGGUACAAGUGCCGGGGUGCGCGGGCAUGGAGCGGCUGGGCGCGCCGGGGGGACCGCGCCUACGGCACGAUCACAGACAUCACCAUUCCACAUUGGAAUGGGAGAAGCAGCAGAGGUUACAGGUGCAGGCGAUGGUGGGUCGGCUGCAAGAGAUGGUGGAGCAAGAUGUACGCGCGAGGUCCGCGGCCGCAGCCGAGCGGCUCGGUCUGCCGCCCAGCAUACAGUUGCCCGACGGCGAGUAUGGGCAGGACGUGCAUCUACAGUUACGAGUCCCUUAUCAGCAAGCCGAGCUGACGAGAAGCAGCUUCCAGCCUCCACCGAACAAGUGCGCCGCGCCGCGCCCGAGCCGCCCGCGCCGCCCGACGCGUGACCGCGCGCGCCGAGUCCACGCUUACAUUCCAUAUCCGGGCCGCUCGGGCCGCGCGCGCCCCGGACUCUUAUAGACUUGCUAUUUAUUUAUUCGGGAGUGCCGCGCCGCGCCCGUGUUCCUCGCGCCGUCUGAGAGUUUCGCGAAAACUAAGACUGAGAUAAAGUAAAAAGAUAUAACGUUAUAAAGUCUACGUUGAAGUAUGUUGUCUUAGGUGAAAUUGAUUCAAAAUAGAAACGAUUAAAGUUAUAUUAUAAUAUUUAAUGAAUCUUUCGGCAUGGCCCUCGAUGAUAUCGUGUAUUAGCCGAGGGUCCGUCGAUGGUGAGCUGAUGUCUUGCAGUGUACAGUUUCAUGUUUAAGUGACCUAUUUUAAAGUUUAAUUUCUAUCCAGCAGCUAUAAAUCUGUGUUUAAACAACUUUUAUAUUUAUUUAUAAUUGUAUGUAAAGGAUGCAUAUCAGUACAGUAAACACAAGGAAUAUUAAUUUACGUUGCAUAGUUACUAUUUUAUUGUAAAUAUUGUCUCUAAUUUAAUAUUAUUAGAUUAAUUAUGGCUGAACGCCAGAACCCGGGGGUCUUUUCAAUUGAGUGUUUGCUACAUUCCAUAUUUAUGUUGAAAUAUUCUCGAUAAUACUUACUGUACUAGUUGCUUCUACCUGUUUACCUGUAGUCCUUGUAUGUCUGUAACAAUAUCACGACUGUCUGUAGAGUGGGGCGCCGCGCGCCGUCUGUGUCGAUACCUAGUCAUGCUGACAAUAAUUGACAAUUAGUGACUGAUAUUUAAAAUGCAGAUGAAUAGAAAUCUCAUUAGAAAAUAGACAAAAAGAAAAAUAUUAAACGAAUUAGUUAUAAAUUAGCUGUUUAUUAUUUAUAUUGUUCAGUCGGCGAGACGUGUGCUGCAUAUUGUUGUGGUUAGAGAUUCGUAGCUAAUGUUUGAUAAGUUUAUCGCUACUCUCCUCUUUAACUGCCGCCACCUGUGUGCAGUAUAAGUUUCGCUGGCCAUUAUUGAAGUGUCACGACAGUCAUUAACUUGUUUACUAUCCAUGAUAUCAUCAACAGAUACGAGUUGUAGUGUUUUAUCAUUACCAUUGUCUUACUCAUACUUACAAAGAAACACCGUUUGUUAGUCCAUUGAACAAUAAUGGGCGCUCGCCUAAUCAUCCAUAUUUUAAUUAAUAGUUUGCAGUGAACACUUGUAUUUUUCCUGUACAUAUUAUAAUGUAUCAAAAAGUGUUUUGAUUUCUAAUACAAUUACGGGUCUUAAGCCUAACACUUGCCGUUAGUAGCUACAAUGCUGGAUGCUAAAUAAAGGUAUUUUACAAUAAAAUGGCGCAAUAAAUGUAACUUUUAACUGUUAUAAAUAUAGCAAUUUCCACGAGCUUCUUCCUAUCUCGAAGGAAACACUUAAAGAUAUGUUAAUUUAGAUAAAAAAAAUUCUAGUCGCUACCACUUGUAGUUUGAUUCUAUCCAAAACUGUUAUAUAACUUAUUUAUGAAAGCUUGAGGAUGUUCACGUAUUUAUAUCGUGCUCUGGAAUUGUACGCAGCACAACACGACAAAGGAAGUAAAUUGAAAUGUGCCCUAUUUUCCAAAUACCUAUAACAUAAGUACGUUGUUGUUACUUAAGAGAUAGUGUAGUGCAUUAUUAUCGCGAGUGCGUGUGAGCGUGAGUGUUGUCUCGUUGCAUAAUGUAUGUUUGAAGCGAACUGUCGGUUGUUUGUAUCGUUAGUAAAAUGGCACAAAAGUUUGCGCAUUUUAUUGAAUCUAUUACAUUGACAGCAUUGGAAUGCUAUACGCGGCCAUUUUUACGGACUGAAACAUAAUGUAAUGUUCAAAAUAUUAAAUGAAAUAAGUAAUUAUAAUUACUUAAAACUGAUUUGUUUUGUAUAUUUAUUGUUUGUCUUCGAUGUUUACAUAAUGGCGAUUGAUAAAUAGUUCAUUGAAAGACAAUUUAGUAUUUAUUUUAAACUACUUGUAUAUACUUAAUGAUGGGUAAAAAGGGACAGCGUGUGUCAUUGAAUUCAUGGCUUUGGUAAUGAUUUUCAACACUAGUUGAAAUCCCAUUGAAUAGUUGUGGACUAUUCUGUGAUCAUUUUAGUAAAAUUACCAUUAAUAUGAGGGUCAGUCUAAUUCAGCAUUCAAAAAUAUUAAACUAAAAUUGUUAAAAAAAAUUACAAUUUUAUUUCAUUACAAGGAGUAAAAAAAUGUACCAAACCUAACUUUACCUUGUCACAAGCUGUCCUUUCUACUUUAUAUAAAUAAGUAAAUAUUGUUGUGGCCUACGUCUUAAAAUAGAGGGGUCUGUUCAUUACACACAAAUUAUAGCAUAAAGCGUAAAAUGUGCAUGAAAAGAAUUUCUCUAUUGAGUUUCCUCAGUGGCAUAAAUUGAGUUGAGCAUCCCUAAAUGAUCGAGUUGUACAGUAUUCUGCAUAACAGGACAAAAGUAUAGAAAUUAGUUUUGCUAUUUCUAUAUUUUUGUUUUUAAUUUUACGGUCACAAGUAUUGUAAUACUUAAAGCAGCUUAUUUAUAUCAUUUAUUAUGUCCCGCCAUGUUUUUUUGUUGCCUUAAAAUUACGAUUAGUGUCGAAAAUGCUAUUUUAGCAAUCGUUGUACAAAAUGCUGACGGAAAUAUAAAAGUUGUUUAAAAUAGUUUCACAGAAUAUAUAUUUAAUCUAGAUAUCAAACAAUAUUCCAUUUGUCAUAUUAAUAAGUAAAAGCAGAAGCAAAUGUUUAAUAAUAAAAGAAAACUGCAUUAAAUUAUGACCUACCAAUAAUGAACAACGA